UGCCACCUAGGUGGGUCAUUGAACCAUCUGAUGUUUACGUUGUCAAAGGUAAAAGCAUAACAGUUGACUGUCAAACUGAAGGCUUUCCACAACCGAGGGUCAGAUGGACAAAAUCUGAAGGAGAUAGUCCUAGAGACUACAAGUCCAUCGUCAGUAGUCCUCACAUACAAGUGUUCGAAAAUGGUUCCCUGUCCAUAACUGAUGCGACUGAGCAAGAUGCUGGAUACUAUUUGUGUCAAGCUUCUAACGGGAUUGGUCAGGGGCUCAGCAAAGUUGUUCGGCUCAAGGUUCAUAUUGCUGCUCAUUUUCAGUCAAAGUUUAUGGCAGAAAUGGUUCGCAAAAAUCAUAAAACUCGCCUGAAAUGCGAAGCCAUUGGCGAUAAACCCAUUUCAAUUACCUGGAUGAAGGAUAAAAUUGCUAUUAAGCCGCAAUCAGAUCCUAGGUACGAGCUUGUGGAAACUAUUUUAAGUUCAGGCAUUGUUUCCGAGAUUCUAAUUAGACAAGCCGAUAGAAGAGAUUCUGCACUAUUUAGUUGCAUUGCUGUCAACGCCUAUGGAAGAGACGAUACCAAUAUUCAGCUCAUUGUUCAAGAACCGCCCGAUGGACCACAAGACGUUAGAGUUGUGGAAAGUUCAAGUCGCAGUGUGAAAUUAUCCUGGUCACCUCCGCAAUAUAAUGGAAAUAGUCCAAUAACUCAUUUUACUAUACAAUACAAAGAUGAAGGAGGUAAAUGGCACAACAGGAUGUCGAACGUUACAGUAAGUGGAACCGAAACAUCUGGAAUAGUUCUAGGUCUAAAACCGGCUAAAAUUUAUCUCUUCCGAAUACUGGCGGAAAACCGUAUAGGCCGAAGUGAAGCGACUAAGCCAGUGGAAACUAUUACCCAGGAAGAAGCUCCCGGUGCGGCACCUGUUAAAGUGCGAGCUCAAGCCACGAGUUCUCAGUCCAUAAAAGUGAGCUGGAGGCCUCCAAGCCCUGAUCUUCAGCAUGGGGUAUUGAAGGGAUAUUAUGUUGGCUAUAAGGUAGCUGGAACAACAGAGUCUUUUGUGUACAAAACUUUAGAAAUUGGUGAAGGUUUCAAAGAAGAAUGUCACGUGACUGGUUUAAGAAGAAACACUGAAUACAAUGUUGUAGUACAGGCAUUCAAUUCCAAAGGCGCAGGACCCCCAUCUGAUGACUUUUUAGUAAAAACCCUUGAAAAUGAUCCUCCCCAGGCACCUCCGCUCAUGGUCGUAGAUAAGACAACGUCUUCUAUCCAUUUAGCAUGGGAUGAAAAUUAUGAUAAAAGAAAUCCUGUAUCAGGCUAUCUGCUUCGUCAUCGACAAGAAAAUGGAGAAUGGGAAGAAUCUAACUUAUCUGGUGAUAAGAAUUCAUAUGUUGUUCGUAGUUUAUUGUGUGGUACGAAAUAUCAUUUUUCAAUAACAGCAUACAACUCUGCAGGAAGCGGAGAACAAAGUGAAAUUCUAGUCGUUAAAACAGAAGGAGGAGCCCCUCUGGCACCAGAUAAGCAGUCUAUGUUGAGCACAAAUAUGACGGCCGCUGUAAUGAAUCUGAUGUCAUGGCAUGACGGCGGUUGCCCAAUUACUUCAUUCUUAAUUCGGUACAGACAGCAGCAGGACAUCGAAUGGACAGUGCUGAAUGAUGGGCCUCUUCCUACUGAACAUCGCAAAGUGGAACUGGUAGGACUGAAUCCUGGAUCCUGGUACCAGAUACACAUAUCUGCGACAAACCUCGCCGGCACAACAGAUGCGGAAUAUACCUUCUCUACACUAAACACUUUAGAUGCUGUCACACCCAAAACUGUUGUGAAUAAAGUAACAGCUCCAUUUUAUUUGGAUAUGACUAUCAUCCUUCCAGUUGCAGUCUCAGCUGUUGUAAUUUUAAUAGUUUUAAUUGUUGUCUGCUUUGUAGUAAGAAAGAAACAUUCGUCAGAGCACUACGACACUACAUGGAAAGGGAAGGAUGUCCCGUGGAGGUCUUUUUAAGGGAAACUGGCUAGUAUCCACGUCACACAUGAGGAAAACUACGAAAACGCCCAUGCAGCCAGCCCGUUCGCCGGGAC